AUGUCUGACAAGAACCAGCAAGAGAAGGAGUUCACCACUCAGCCCAUUGACGACAAGAAGGAGGGCGGAUCCAGCUUCAUUGAGGCCAUCAAGUCUAAGGUUGCCCCACACGUUGCUGCUCCUGGCCCGGCCCAGUCUCACGACCACAGCGAGAUCCCCCAGGAGGGUACCAAGGAGGAGCGCCUGGCCAAGGCCAAGGAGCUCAACAAAUAA